UGUUACCUCGUGAAUUUGACGAUACAUAUAUCUGCGUUAUCAAAAUAAUUCGCAAACAUUGUAGCUACGUCGACAUUCGCCCGACUGGUCGUACUAUUGUUUUAUUUUUUUUAAAUUUAAAAAUAGAAAUAAAAUGGGUAGAAAAGUUUUCGUGGUGGGUGUGGGCAUGACUGCGUUCGUGAAGCCGAGCUCCGGCCGCGACUACCCGGAGAUGGGCAAGGAGGCGGUAGAGGAGGCAUUGCGCGAUGCCCGCCUGCCCUACGCCGCCGUGCAGCAGGCCGUCUGCGGCUACGUGUUUGGCGACUCCACGUCCGGCCAGCGCGUACUAUAACAAGUCGGCAUGACCGGCAUCCCCAUCUACAAUGUCAACAACAACUGCUCCACCGGCUCCACCGCGCUCUUCCUCGCCAAGCAGCUCAUUGAGGGCGGUCUCUGUGACAUCGCCCUCGCAGUCGGCUUCGAGAAAAUGGCGCCCGGCCCGCUCGGCGCCGGACAUUUCAAUGACCGCGCGAGCCCGCUGGACAAGCACCUCGCCAAGAUGGGCGAGAUGGCCGAGCUCCAGAAUCUGCCGCACACCCCGCAAUACUUCGGCAACGCGGGGCUCGAACACAUGCGUAAGUAUGGAACCACCGAGCUCCACCUUGCCAAGAUCGCUGCCAAGAACCAUCGGCACGGUGUGCGCAACCCGCGCGCUCAGAGCAAGCGUGAGUACACCGUCGAAGAGAUCCUGAACUCACGGCGGAUCUACGGGCCGCUAACGAAGCUCGAGUGCUGCCCGACGAGCGACGGCGCCGGCGCGGCCGUGCUUAUGUCCGAAGACGCUGUAAAGGCACACGGGCUGCAGGAUCGCGCGGUGGAAAUCAUCGGCAUGGAGAUGGCCACAGACACGCCGGCCAUCUUCCAGGAGAAGAGCUGCAUGAAGGUGGUGGGCACAGACAUGACCGCGCUGGCCGCCAGCAGAAUAUACCAGAAGACCGGUGUCUCCCCCAAGGAAGUCGACGUUGUGGAGUUGCACGACUGCUUCGCCUCCAACGAGAUGAUAACAUACGAGGGGUUGCAGCUGUGCGGUGUGGGGGAGGCGGGCAAGUUCAUCGACGCCGGCGACAACACGUACGGCGGGCAGGUGGUGGUCAACCCGAGCGGUGGCCUGAUCGCGAAGGGCCACCCACUGGGCGCCACCGGGCUGGCGCAGUGCGCGGAGCUCGUGUGGCAGCUGCGCGGCGAGGCGGGCACUAGACAGGUUCCCCGGGCACGUAUCGCCUUGCAGCACAACCUGGGAGUAGGCGGCGCUGUUGUCGUCACCAUGUACAAGAAAGGAUUUCAAAACAUAACCUCAAAUAACGUCGCAGCCACGGAGAAUAUUAAAGAAAAUGUACCAUCCAAAUUAUAAAACUUAAAAAAAAA